ACCAUCACUUAUAUCUUCAGAAAUGUUCUUGAAUUCGCUGGCUAUAUAUAGACAUGUCCUGGUAGCUGAUGGGAUUACAAAUCAUCGAUCUUCAUGUGGAUAUGAUAUAUCAGCAGCUGACUUUACAUCGGACGAUCUUGUUAGUGGCAAUUCUGUAGUUCAGACUGAGCCAUCUUCUUGUGCAGCUACCAAUUUCUGCGCUGAUGAUCCAUGUGGCCAACAUUUGUGUACAAACACACAAUCUGGCUUUCUAUGCACGUGCUCUGGUGGAUACACGGGAACAAGAUGCGAAUUACCACCUGACAAUUGUGAAGUAAAUGAGUGUCAAAAUGAUGCAACAUGUCUUAGUGGCAGUCAUAAUUACACAUGUUUAUGCAAACCUGGAUAUCGUGGAAUCUUUUGUCAAACUCCACCAAUAAAUGGUGGAUGGAGUCCUUGGACAAGCUGGGGAGAAUGUACAUCAAGUUGUGACGGAGGUGUGAGGCAGAGAAACAGAACAUGUGAUAAUCCUAGUCCAGGGCAAUAUGGCAAACAAUGUGUUGGUGAUGUGAUGGAGCAGAUUCAGUGUAAUAUAGAUCCAUGCAAUAUUACUAGUCCGUGUUUAAGCAAUCCGUGUGAAACACACAGGUGUGUAGAGAAGUCAGGUGGUUUUUUAUGUAUAUGCAGUCCCGGCUAUACUGGUGAUCUAUGCCAAACCCCGAUUGACCACUGUGAACCAAAUCCUUGUCAAAACGGAGGUUCAUGUCAAAAUGGAGCGAACAACUUUACCUGUAUUUGCCCUGAAUCAUUUCAAGGGAAUCUAUGUGAUGAAGAAACUGUUUCGUCAUCAUACUGGACCUCAUGGUCACAAUGUACAGUUACCUGUGGUGGCGGCGUUUCUAUCAGGUCACGUGUCUGUGCGCACAAUAUCAGUUGUAAUGAGCAUAUAGAGUCAAGAUUGUGUAAUAACGCUUCUUGUGCAGUUGAUUUCUGCCAGUCAUCGCCUUGUGGUACUAACCUUUGUAUAUCAAGUGAAGAUGGAUUUAAGUGUACUUGCGAUGCUGGUUUUACCGGUGUAAGAUGUGAUACUCCUGUAGACUUUUGUGACGAAAAUAGUUGUGAGCACGGACAAUGUAGCAAUAAAGCAACCGGAUAUGAAUGUUUAUGUGAUGAAGGAUAUAAUGGACAUCUCUGUAAUGUUCUAGAAGAAACUGUUGGUUGGGGUUUAUGGUCUGAAUGGACUGUGUGUAAUUCUACAUGUGGUUUAGGACAAAGACAAAGAAACAGAAUGUGUGAUAAUCCACCUCCUAUACAAGGUGGUGAAACAUGUGACGGAGAUGGAGAAGAAACCGAAGCAUGUUAUACAGACUGUUAUGAUGCAUGCUCAUCUAAUCCUUGUGGAGACAUACACAAAUGUAUAUCUGAUGGUACUGGGUAUAAAUGCCAAUGUAAAGACGGAUACACAGGUUUAGAUUGCUCAUUAGCACCUGAUAAUUGUCAACCAAACCCUUGUGGAAACUCUGGUAAUUGUGUAAGCAUGUCCGACGGUUUUAUCUGUACGUGUGUUAAUGGCUUCAGUGGAUCUACGUGUGAUAUCAUACUAGACAAAAGUGUUUGGGAACCAUGGUCAGGAUGGAGCUCGUGCAGUGUGACAUGUGGUAAGGGAGUACAAAGUCGCCAAAGGGAAUGUAAGCUUGGUACCAAUGGAAAUGAGUGUUCUGGAUAUAACACAGAGGAAAGAGUAUGUGAUGAAGAUUCGUGUCCAAUAUGUCCGGUGUUAAAAAGGACAUAUGGAAUGGUAAAAACGUGUGAAAAAACUGAAGAGGUCAUUACUUGUACACUGAGAUGUCUUCCUGGAUAUUUUCCACCAAACAGUACAUAUAGCUCAGAGAACUGGACAGUUGUUUAUCAAUGCAGUCCGUUCUCGUUCUAUACCUGGAAUAUGACUGAUGUUUCGCCAUCAUGUACAAGGGAAUCCGUUAGGCCACGUCGCAUAAAUGCUGUCGCUUCAAUGCGGAUUUCCCCGCACAUUUCUUGUGAAAAAUCGUCUGCAUACGAAGUGGGUGUGCGAAAUAUCGUGUCUGGUUCUGUUUGUCAUCGUGGGAUCAGCUGUAAAGCCAAUGCAGACGUUACUCAAUGUGGCAACAGAAAAAGGCGCCAAACAACCGCAGAUAAUAGCGAAAUCGCAUUCACUUUUACGUUUGAGUUCGACAAUGGAACUGACUCUGGUAACAACAAUAUGACAGACUACUGGGAUACAAUUGAAGACUCUCUUUCACCAUUAUCAACAAACUCUGGUGACUGGUUGGGAGUUGUAAUAGAUGGUGUUACAUAUGUAGCAGAUACAGCAAAUAUAACCAAAGAAGCGAGUCUUGAAUGUAGUAGUGGAUACUUUUUACAGGAUGAAAAUGACAUUUGCGUUGGUUGUUCUCCCGGCACAAUGUAUGAUGCUAGACAUGGUUACUGUAUCUCGUGCCCAUUUGGAACUUACCAGGAACUCGCAGCCCAAAGCUCGUGUGUAUCAUGUCCAGAUGGCUACACGACAAACAUCACUGGUAGCUACGAUCAGUACGACUGCUAUUAUUCAGAAGAAACAGAAAACAAUGGUGACAAUGACGAUAUAGAUGUUAUAAUUGGUGCAGCAGUAGGAGGAUGUAUUUUUGCUAUACUUGUAGUUAUUAUCGGAAUCAAAAUCAAGAUGAAAAGGGUUCAAAAGAAAAACAGAAUCAACAAUUCAACUGUAACACUGAAUGAAAAGAAACUGGAGAGACAGAAAACAUCUACCAGCAUUCAGAGUACAUCACAUAUACCUAUAUCUGUAGCGGACAUUGAAUAGUUUAACAGUUAUACCUCAAGCAAUACAGGAUAUUGAUAUAAAGUUACACAUGAUAUUGAUAAGAGUUAACAGUUUAUAUAUUACAGUUAAUGACUAUGCGUAAGUGUGCAAUACCAUGUGAUUAUUUUAAGAUAUUAUAAUUAUAAAUUAAUGUGUAGCGGGUAUUGAUGUUAGGAUUUUUUAUUAUUUCAACAAUCGUAAAUGUAUUUGUUUAUAAUUUGUAUCGUUUUUAUGUAGAUGAAUAAUUCUCAUAAUCUUAUAUCGUACAAUUCAUUUAUGCCUUAAAAACGAAUAAAUUUUUGUUUCUUAAAAUGGACACUGAAAUUUAAGCAUUUAAAAUAAGGCGUUAGAGGCAUUUAGAUGUUUGUAACCUGAAGAAAAUAGCGUAACGUGUAAAAUAGAUUGUUAUAAAAGUAGCAAAAUAUAAACAAAGAUGUAUUUGUACAAACUACUUGAUCACUAUGAUUGUACGAUUUGCCACAGAGCUUCUGAAGAAAAACGUUCAGUUAAUUAGUCAGAGCUUUUGAUAAUAGACAUUUCUGAAGUAUAAUCGGCCUAUAACAGAUCUCAACAUUGUUUUGUUUUUAAUUUUUGUUUGGUUGGGGGAGGGGAGGGGGCGGAUAUUACGUUUUGGUUGAUUAAUUUUCAAUAACGUUUUAAAUAAAUACCUUUCAUGGUAUCAAGUCAAACAAUUGUUUGAAUUGAUCAUAGCAUAAUCAGUAUUUUAUUUAUGUGGUUUAUACUUUUACAUCAGUUUUAUUAUACGGUUUGUAUAUUAUUGUAAAACUUACAUUAUUUUAACAAUAUUAUGUUAGCUAAUAUAUAUCAGUUACAACAUUCAUUUAUAUCAUUUCGAACAAUGUUAUAGACAAUUUGAUGUUACAAUUAUUUCAUCAUUCCAGAAGAAGUAAAGGACGUGAAACUUUUGAAAAUUAGACUAGUUCAGUAGUACCUUAAUAUGAACAAUACUUCUGCGAGUAAAAUAAAAUAAACAUUUUAAAAGAUUUCUGCUUUCUGUUAUACAGUCAUGUUUUCAUCAUACGGAAUACAAGUUCAUAUUAAAACAGUCAAACAAAGUGUAAUCAAAAUAUAGUCUAGCCUGUAAUAUCAAAAUUUGCACAGUACAUUGUAAAUUUUUACAGACGCGUAAGACACAAUCGAUGUUAUAUAAAAUGUUUUGGCUGCUAGCGAUAUAUUUCUUAUUUCUCUAGUACACAAUAUAUAACAGAAGACAAUUAUAUUUUCGUUUUGUUUCACUUUUAUUUUAUUUUUUAUCUUUGUUAACAUAAUUACAUUGAAAUGUAUUUCUGUGUUUUUGUUUGUUUGUUUUUUUUGUUGUUGUUUUUUUUGUUGUUGUUGUUUUUUUCGAUUGUUUUUUGUUUUUCUUGUUUUCGACAUUUUAUUUGUCAUAACGGUCUUUCUACAUGCGAGCUUACUUUAAUAAAGCAUGAGUAUUUUCUAUGACGUUGAGCGUGUUGAAACAUUUUCCACUUCACAUGCCGUACAGGAACUGCAUGGAUUGUUCCUUUGUAUGCAUCGGAAAAUUAGAUUCCGAAAACACUUCUAUAAAAUGGGAAACAAAUUUACUACUCAUUUGUAUCAACACUUUAGAAUGGUCGGCCAUUCUUUUAAACAUAUAACAAUUCAGCCAAUUGAAAAAAAAUAUUUACGAUUCUGAUACAUCGUUUAGU